GGGUCGCUGCCCAGGCUGGUGGACCCGGGGCCCCUGCCGCGCUCACCGUGUCCUCACGUGUCUUCACCAGGCCACGGCGUCUACACCUACCGCAACGCCUUCUUCCGCUACGAAGGGGAGUGGCGGGGAGGGAAGAAGCACGGCCGCGGGAAGCUGCUGCUCAGAGACGGGAGCUAUUACGAAGGCGAGUUUCUGCGCGGCGAGAUCACGGGCGAGGGCCGACGGCACUGGGCCUCCUCAGGGGACACCUACUCUGGCCACUUCGUGCUGGGAGAGCCGGAGGGACACGGCAUCAUGACAUACGGAGCCGGGGGCCGCUACGAGGGCUCGCUCUCCUGCGGCGUCCGGGAAGGACAGGGCUGCCUGGUGGACCGGGCUGGACAGGAGUACCGAGGCUCCUUCCACGGCAACCGGAGGCACGGCCACGGGCGGGUGGCCUUCCGACCCGCCCGCCCGAUGCUGUCCCCGCAGGGGCAGUGGCACGGCGACGUCUUCAGUGGUCAGGGCCGCCUGGACCACUGCUCUGGGGCCACCUACCACGGACUGUGGAUCAACGGGCACCCGGCGGCACGGGCCACGAGGAUCUCGAUUUUGGGUCCGGAGGUGCUGGACGUCGCCCCAGGGUGCCCCUUCACGGUGCAUGUCCAGCUGCAGCAGGAUAAUGGGGCAGUGGCCGAGUGCGAGAGCGGGCGCCUCCUGCAGGUCGCGGCCGGUGUGCAGCUGCCCGCCCACGCGGAGCUCAGCUCCUUCUCGGGGGACGGGGAGCCCCAGGCGGAGCCCCUGCAGACGCCCUUUGGGUUCCAGUGCGUCGCCUGCCCGCUGCUGAGCGCCCUGGCUGGGCGGCCGGCAGGAGCCCGCUCGGCUCCCGAGGACGACCCCGACACAGCACCCUGCGGCGGCCAGGGGGCGCCCCCCUGCAGCCCUCCCGGAGGUGAUGCUCUGGGCAACAGGGACAGGACGGCGGCCCAGCCCUGGUCCAGUCAUGCAGAGGGCCCCUCCAGCCGGCCGGCGCUCACAGCUCCGCCCCCUGCAGCCGGGGCCCAGGACGACGCCUGCUGUCCGGAGGACUGCCAGAGGGUGGAGCGGGGCUGUGCCCAGUUCAAGGACGUCCUUCUGGGACCCCCUCCACCUGGACACCACCCGGUCCCGUUCUUCUGCGAGAAGUCGGGCGCGGGGGGCCCCGGAAGAAUGAAGCCGGCCGCGCGGGACCCGCCGACCGGCAGCAGGUCCAGCCCGGCGGCCACAGCAGCGCCCACGGCAGCUGCUCCCGCAGGGCAGUACGUCCUCGUGGUCCGAGAAGUCACCUGCCCGCCCUUCCUGGGCCGCCGGCUGCCCGCCGCCUUCAAGCGCCUCCGGGUCUCCGCCCAGGGGGCACCGGCCGCGGCGCCCCCCCAAGUCUGAGCGGGGCCUGGGGACGCGGCCCCCAGCUGUGGCCAAAUAAAGAGUCCCAGGACCACC